GCACAAAAGAGGCAACUAAGUCUCAACACCUAACACAAGCACGAAGCAAGAAGAAGAAACCAUGGAAACGACGGCGUUUAUUCCAUCCUCUCGGCUCGGGAACUGGCCAUCGGCCUUUGAUCGGCCCUCUCGGCUCAGGAGCUGGAACAUCAUCAAGGCCAUUGAUCCGAGAGGUUCAAACUUGCGAACCAGGGCAACACGGAGAAGGAACUCACUACUAGUAGAGGAGCCAAGCCGAAUCCUGACGUCCGUGCCGGUGAGAGUUGCACACGAGCUGGCUCAAGCGGGUCAUCGCUAUCUCGACGUUAGAACACCCGACGAGUUCAGUGCAGGCCAUCCAUCCGGUUCCAUCAACGUUCCUUACUUUUACCGGGUUGGCUCAGGUCUGACAAAGAACCCGGGUUUCUUGAGGCAAGUCUCGUCUCAUUUCAGAAAGCAUGACGAGAUCAUCAUCGGUUCUGAGAGUGGCGAGAGGUCUCUCAUGGCUUCCGCUGAUCUCCUCUCGUCCGGCUUCACUUCAAUCACCGACAUUGCUGGGGGAUACACCGCCUGGUCACAGAAUGGUCUCCCUGUAGAAGACUGAACAUCUUCCUGUGCUCAUAUAGCCAGUCCUGUACAUUAGCUUCAACCAGGAAUGCUUGUAUCUGUUAUCACUACUUAUUAGUAGACAACUUGAAAAUGAAUAAAAUCUUUCUAGAGCAGCUAAUA